AUGAUGUUCUUCCGGGUCAACAAGCUGGGCUUCUUUAGGCAGAGCAGCAAGCAGCACCCCGAAAUAAACCACUGUCUGCAAAGCGCCUUCGCCAUCCUCAGCUUCACCCUCUUCGCCAUCAUCCUCAUCCUCCUCUGUGUCGUCAUCUUCUUCCUACAGGUCCGGGGUAUUUUGGACAUCCACUUCUGUGGGCAACACUUUGCACCCAAGACCACAGCCUCAUUCUGCGCUCUAUCUCUGGCCUUCUGCCUUCCAUCAGCACUCUUGGUCAGAAGCUCAAGCGGCAGCUUGCAGUACCCAGGGCCUCUGUUCUGA